AUGGAAUGCAAGGACAUGAUGGAAAUCGACAAGAACAGCACUGUACCGAAAGUUCAGUUGGAGACCCCGUCGCAGACCUCCGGUGCCUUACUUGUAUCUCCAUGCUCUUCAAGUGUGCUUAUCGACGUUGAUUACAGCAACUUCGAUAUCCCAGUCACCGAAGAAGGAAGGGAUCUGUUUGUCAACUUGUUGCUGAACACGGCAGAAGAUGAUUCGCCAUUUGAAUGCAUGUUCGAUGAUUCGGAGGAUUCUGCUUCUGUUGGUUACAUCUGUCCCGGGAUGACCUUGAAUACCGAGGAAGUGCCGGAGGAAGAGAAUCACGAAUCUUCAUCUCGUUACUGGACAACUCUUCGCACUCGAGUCACUGCCAUGCGCGCUUUCAAGGGGGUGAUGAGCACACUGCAGAAGAAUUCAAGCCUCGGCGCUCGAAAGAUGAAUGAACAAGGAGAGGAAAUUUCGUUGCAAGACCCAGCUUAUCAUCUGAACGAACAAAAAGGUGCUCUAGAGAAUCAAUCUGCAGGCCUUGAAAUCAAGGAGAUGGAUUCGAAGUUGGCUCUUCUGAAACCAGAGAUGAAUUACAGCAAGAAUGGUAUUGAUGAAGCACUGCACAGUAUGGACGUGGAGGGCAAGGCUGUUUUCAGUCGCAUCCCAUCCCUCGAAACGGCCUGGAACCUUCCUGAUCUCACCUUGAUCUUCAGACCUCCGCCCAGUUUGAUGGAGGCGAUGGCGAUUGGUAUAAGUCCAGGGAAGUGGAUCAAGAUCGCUCCGGAGGCCCCCAAUCAGGCUUUCAAUGAGGGGAAGGCUAACUGGAAGAUGUUGCAGUCGGCUGUGAAUACUGGAAUUGCAUUCAAGCUCGUGGCAAAGAUUGCAGGACAGACCAAUGAGAGAGAGGCUGCGAAUCGCAGGGCUAAAGUUCAACACGACGUGGAGCAUUUCAAGAGUUUCCUGCUCAACAUUACAAGAGCUUGGGAAGACUUGAUGCACACUGAAGAAGAGCCCGCUGCUGAUUGCAGCUUUGAAAGAGCUCCCUCGGAUGUUGUUCCAGUGGAUGGGAUACCAGAGCGCGAACCAUUUGUUACCAAAGCCAUAGCAACAGGCUUAUGCAAGUUGUUUCCAAGACUCGUAACAGACCAUGACACAGUCUUGGACAUGGAUCUUCUGGCUUUCCAUCCACAUUAUCCUUGGCCGAUGUCAAACACCAGCUUUCAAGUGAUGGAGGCUGUGCAGAUGGGCAAGAAGGGAGCUAGAAGUAGCGGCAAGAAGCAGCUGGACUCGUGCACAUUUAGGAUGAGGACUCCGGGUUGCGAUCAGAUCACCAUAAGGAUAUGGGCGAACGGGAAGACGCAGACCUAUGGAUGCAAGGACAGGAACAUGUUGGAGGACGCGAACCAAUGCUUAGCUUCGUUUAUCCGCCACAUCGACAACUACCACAGGAUGAGCGGAAAUCAAUCUGUUUGGAGACUUUCACCGAUGCAAUCUGCAAAAGCACUAUCGUGCUUAGAUGAGGUUCGAACUUUGUCUGCUCCUCUCCUGGGAAGCUGGAACAUCAAUCUUAAGAAGGCAGGAAUCAAGCUCAACAUGCAGGCACUUUGCGAGUUUCUUCAGCAAUCGAUGUUCGAAGACAGGGUCUACAAAGUUCAGUUUGUCGCUCAGAAAGGAAAUUCUUCGAGAUUCAACAACCUUUCUCUGUACAUCCGCACCUCAUGCUUGCUCACAUGGAAGAAGGACGACGAUCUUGACAACCAUCAGGACAACGUCUAUGUCAAUGUUUACGAGUCAGGAAAAUGCAGCGUGCUCGCAGUUCCAGACACAGAGGUUGCUGAGGAGCUUGCGGAAGUUGUCAGUGGGAUGCUGUAUCAGGCCCUCAGGCAGCAGCCCGGGAUCAGCGAAGAGAUUCAGUCGUCCAAGAGGCGCAAGAUUUAA